AUGGAACAACGAAAGUCACACAGAAAAACACCAAAAGGGUUAUACAUAUCUCGUAAGAAAGUUAUUAAUGCCUCACCAAAAGAUUCAAAACGGAAUAAGUUGGAAGAACUUCGGAAAGAAUAUCAAAAAGCAAAGACUGAUGUUAAUAAACGACAAGCAUCAAUUGUGGUGAUUAGUGGAAAAGACUUAGAAAAUCAACGAAAAGAAAAGAAAGAAGAAAAGAUUCAAAAACAAAAAAAUAAACAAAAAGAAGGUCGAAAGAAACAAAACAUCGUUAAUACAAAUGCACAAUGCAUUUCACAAGAAUUAUAUGAUACAAUUAAAGAAGAAGAAAGAAACAAAUAUAUUGUUAGUUCAUUAGCAAUGUAUAAUUUAGGGGAAUAUUUUAGUAAUAACCAAGAAAGGCUUAUUCCAAAAAUCAGAAAGUCAAGACACAACAAAGGAAGAAAAGAGGAAGAAAUUAAUAUGGAGAGUAUUGAAGAAAUAAUGGAGGAGUAUAAAGAAAUUAAAGGAUUUACAAGAUAUGUUAAAAAGAGUCUUAGUGAAAUGAUAGAGAAAGGAAAAAAAUAUGGAGUUAAUAAAGAAAUAAUAGUUAAAGUUGUAAUGAAAAAUUGUGGGAGUUAUUUUGUUAAGAAUUUAGGAAGAAGAUGUUCUAAGUAUAUAAGAAAAAUGAAAGAGAAAGAAGAAGAGACAUU